CGGGACAGAAUGUCGGGCAGGCGCGAGCGAUUAGGCUCGCAGUUACGUCACGCGUUACGCCACCGUCUCACGGAAGUGCGCCGGCGAAGAUGACGGCUGUUCCAGCGGAGCAGCACGAAGGGGGGAUCUGACCGACGAAUUCAAUCAUUUACAGCCGCGUACGGGUCAUUCGCUCGUCGGAUUUCAGUCAUUCAUUUCGACCUUUAAUACUUGCGUGUGUUACGCUAGAAUAGCUCGCUGCGCUCUCCCGGUGGGAGACGCCGGACAAGAUGUCCCUGUUCCAGUCGGCACUUGAUUUCCUGGCCGGGCCCGGCUCAGCUGGAGCCGCCAGCCGGGAUCAGAAUGACUUCGUGGGACAAACCGUGGAGCUCGGUGACAUGAAGCUGAGAAUAAAGCGGGUUAUCGCGGAAGGUGGAUUCGCCUUUGUGUACGAAGCACAGAAUGUCACCAGCAACAAAGAAUAUGCUCUCAAGAGGUUAUUGUCCAAUGAGGAAGAAAAGAAUAAGGCCAUCAUCCAGGAGGUCUGCUUUAUGAAAAAGCUCUCUGGUCACCCCAACGUGGUCCAGUUCUGCUCAGCAGCAUCCAUCGGGAAGGAGGAGUCAGAUACCGGCCAAGCAGAGUUUCUUAUCCUCACUGAGCUCUGUAGAGGUCAACUAGUGGACUUCAUUAAAAGAAUUGAAGUUAAGGGAUCCAUGUCAUGUGACACCGUGCUGAAGAUCUUCUACCAAUCAUGUCGCGCCGUGCAGCACAUGCACAAGCAGAAGCCACCUAUCAUACACAGGGACUUAAAAAUUGAGAACCUGCUGAUCAGUCACCAAGGCACCAUCAAGCUGUGUGACUUUGGCAGUUCUACCACCAUAGCUUACUACCCCGACUACAGCUGGUCCGCUCAGAAGAGGUCCAUGGUUGAGGAUGAGAUAACCAGGAACACUACACCAGCUUACAGGACACCUGAGAUGAUAGACCUGUAUUCCAACUACCCAAUCAAUGAGAAGCAGGACAUAUGGGCUUUGGGCUGCAUCCUUUACCUGCUCUGCUUCAAAGUUCACCCCUUUGAGGAGGGGGCGAAACUGCAGAUCGUCAAUGGGAAGUACACCAUCCCCCAGAAUGACACCAAGUACACAGUCUUUCACGAUCUCACCCGGUCUAUGCUGAAGAUCAACCCAGAUGAGAGGUUGUCCAUCACUGAGGUGGUGAACCAGUUGCAGGAGGUGGCCGCUGCUAGAAACGUCAACCCCAAAUCCCCCAUUACUGAGCUACUGGAGCAGAAUGGCGGAUUCGGCAACGUUGGGGCCCCCAGGGCCCCUCAGGCGGGCCCCCAGCCUCCCACGCAGAGCAACAACAUCCACAAUGCAGGUCUGUAUGGAUCCAAUGUUGACCAGUCGAUGAGUGGUGGCUUACUGGACAUCCUGAAAGGCGGCACAGAGCGCUUCCUAACCAACAUCAAGGACACCUCGUCCAAGAUGAUCCAGUCAGUGGCCAGCAGCCCAAGUUAUGCCAAAGGGGACCUUGACAUUUCCUAUAUUACAUCCAGAAUUGCAGUCAUGUCCUUCCCAGCAGAAGGAGUCGAGUCAGCCAUCAAGAAUAACAUCGAGGACGUUCGUCUGUUCCUGGACUCGCGGCACGCGGGCCACUACGCCGUCUACAACCUGUCCAAGCGCUCGUACCGGCCGUCCCGGUUCCAUAACAGAGUGUCCGAGUGCGGCUGGCAGGCUCGACGGGCACCCAACCUGAGGAACCUCUACAGCAUCUGCAAGAGCAUGCAUGGCUGGCUGAAGCAGGACCAGAAGAACAUCUGCAUCGUGCACUGUCUGGACGGCCGCGCAGCUUCCGCGGUGGCUGUCUGCUCCUUCCUGUGCUUCUGCCGCCUCUUCACUACGGCGGAGGCGGCUGUCUACAUGUUCAGCAUGAAGCGCUGUCCCCCAGGAAUCGCACCCUCCCACAAGAGGUACAUAGAGUACAUGUGUGACAUGAUGGCCGACGAGCCCAUCAUUCCGCACAGCAAGCCCAUCCUGAUCCGCUCCGUUGUCAUGACGCCCGUGCCGCUCUUCAACAAACCGCGCAACGGCUGUCGCCCAUUCUGCGAGGUGUAUGUGGGCGAAGAGCGUGUGGCCACCACCUCGCUGGAGUACGACCGCAUGAGGGACUUUAAAAUCGAGGAUGGACGGGCGGAGAUCCCUCUCGGGGUCACAGUGCAGGGAGAUGUGCUCAUUGUCAUCUACCAUGCCCGCUCCACCCUGGGAGGCCGGCUGCAGGCCAAGAUGGCCUCCAUGAAGAUGUUCCAGAUCCAGUUCCACACAGGUUUCGUGCCCAGAAAUGCAACUACUGUCAAAUUUGCCAAGUAUGACUUGGACGCUUGCGACAUCCAGGAGAAGUACCCAGAUCUCUUCCAGGUCAACCUGGAGGUGGAGGUGGAGCCGAGAGAUCGGCCAAGCCACAGGACGCCGCCCUGGGAGAACUUUGCCACCAAGGGCCUUAAUCCCAAGAUCCUCUUUUCCAGCCGGGAAGAGCAGCAGGAGAUUCUCGCCAAGUUUGGCAAACCAGAGCUCCCACGUCAGCCCGGAUCCACAGCCUUCUACGACGCAGAGUCGCCCCAGUUGGAUCAGACUCCCGAGGGCUCCACCACGGAGCCGGAGUCCCCGCAGAGCAUGGACACCAAUGCCAACAACUUUUUCCAGACCCUGGACUGGGACGAUGGGACUGAGCAUCAGGAAAAGCCAGACAGUCCAGCGGAAGACCACGAUCUGAGCGACCCCUCGGAGGAGGAGCCGUGCUCGUACCCGGGUCCGGGAAGCAAUGACCUCAGUGAGGACAGCCAGCCCUUCUCCCGGGAGCCCAGCGAGCCGCUCUUCACGGCCGAGCCGGCACCCCAGCCGCCUGAGUUGGGCCACAAUGACAGCGUGGACCUGCUGGGCCUGAACUCCGAGCCCCUGGCUCCAGCGGCACCCCCCCCUGCCUCCGGAGGUAUGAAGACCUCAUCGAGCAACAGCGACCUCCUCAACGACCUCUUUGCCCCGGCCGCCCGCGUUGACCCUGCUGGCACCGCCGACCUGAUCGGAGGAGGUGUGGAGGGAGAUCUGUUUUUCAGCAGCCCCUCUGGGAACAUCCAGCCCCCCCCUGCAGCUGGUACAGCCCCCACAACUUCCAAAUCCAGUGACUUGUUCGACCCGUUCGGCAUGGGACCGCCCCUGCACUCCGAGCCAGACCUGUUUGGGGACCUCCUGAGUGCAGAAGAUGCUGCCCCGAGCGUCCCAGCCAGCAACCCGACACCACCGCCCAGCUCCGUCUCAGGAUUCUUCAACCUCAAUAAGCUGACGAACGAGCCAACUAAGAUGACCUCGUCGGCCAGCCAGCCUGAUCUGCUGGGGGGCUGGGACAGCUGGGGCUCGAGCGGGACUGGGAGCAGCACCAGCACCGCAGCCAAGUCAGGCCCGUCCAGCAAGCCCCAGUUCAUAGCCCCUGGAAUUUCCUCUUUCUCGAAAACCAAGUCGCAGAGCUUUGACCCCUUUGCUGACCUGGGCAGCCUGGGCUCCACCAUGCCUGCUGCUGCUUCCUCUACUGCUGGUUUUUCGGGUCCCAGUUUCAACACCAAACCCGCCCCAUCGGCAAAAAGCGGAACCCAGUGGCAGUCGAGCCGGCCUGCUGCCCCCGGCCCCGGGAAACCCUGGGCUCCACAGAGUGCCCCCCCGAAAGCACAGCCCGCCAAGCCCAACUACAACCUGACCUUCAGCGUGAUCGGAGGCCGCGAGGACAGGGGCCUCAGGGGCCCCAGCUUUGGUCCAAAGCCUGUAGUGAAGGAAGAUGAUUUUGAGGACCUCCUGUCAAACCAGGGAUUUGCCUCCAAACCAGACAAGAGGGGUCCGAGGACCAUAGCGGAGAUGCGGAAACAGGAGCUCUCAAAGGAUAUGGACCCUCAGAAACUGCAGAUCUUGGAAUGGAUCGAAGGGAAGGAACGGAACAUCCGGGCUCUGAUAUCAACACUCCACACUGUCCUCUGGGAGGGUGAGACUCGAUGGAAGCCCGUGAGCAUGGCUGACCUCGUCACCCCAGACCAAGUAAAGAAGUUCUACAGGAAGGCUGUACUUGUGGUCCAUCCUGACAAGGCGGCAGGACUACCCUACGAACUGUAUGCCAAAAUGAUUUUCAUGGAGCUGAAUGAUGCCUGGUCAGAGUUUGAGAACCAGGGCUCAAAAGCCCUCUUCUGACAUGGACCUUGAAAGCCCUUCUGCUUCCAUUACAAUGACCAAGAGCAGCCUGGUUUCACUGUUUCUGAGACAAUCACCAGACAAGAGGCAGUAAUCAAAACAGGGAUUUGUUUCCAUGAGCCACAUUUCAGAUGCCGGAGGAUCAUGGAAAACUGUAGUCCAGUGGUGCAAGGUAGUGAAUCACACUCCCAGGACAGAAGAUAAUACAUCACAUGAGACGUACAGAUUCUCAGAGCAUGUUAGCCUUCUGAGCUGGUGGUGGAAGGUGAAGAUCUCAAAUGCAGUCAUCUGCCUUUCAUGUUGAAGUGAUUAAUGAAAUAUAUAUUAAAUCAAUAAAAACAAAAAAAGAACUUGAUUACAUGGGCUAACCCAUUUUGUCUUGUGCAAGGCGGUAGUUUUCUAUCAUUGUAAAUAUUACAUUGUCAGUAUGGUUCUUUGAUCUCUGCUGAGCCAGUGAUUCAAACACAUAAUGCACUUGAAUUCUCUCCUUGUCUUUCCUUGUUGAUAACAUUGUAACAUUGUAUCCUCAAGCUUGUGUUAUCCGCUGUUGUUCCGGUCCUAUAAAGAUUACAUCUGAUCAUUUAUGUUCCUGCCUACUCACGGGCCAGUCAGGCAUUUUUCUUAUUUAUUUUUAGUCAGAAAUUUACAAGGCAUUUAAAAGCAAAAAAAUAAGUAAUAUAAAUUGAAUGUUUGGAUUAAGAUCUCCCAUAAGCAAAUAGUUCUGUGUAGAAAUAAUUCCAAAGUAUGUUACCAUGAAUGUGCUUUUAUAUGGACUUUGUAUAUUCCUAUAUAUGUUACACCUUUCCAUUCUAGUUUUUCUUAAAUGAUUCCUUAAGAGGGACUCUUUCCACUGUUUUUCCCAUUUCCAUUUUAAUGUUCCUUGCAUCUCUUAACAUGCCAUUGAAGAAUUAUUCCAGCAAAUACACUAUGAUCCCUGAAGCUUUUGUUGUGAACAGACCCAUAUCAUGCUAAUAAAAAGCAGCAUUCUCUCCACCAAAAGAAUACUGUAAUAAUAGGCUUCAGUUGGCUGUUACUGUGUCUUUACAGAGAUGCAUAAGAACAAACUUGUGUAUUAAGAGAUAGAGGUCUUUUAACUGUGUUAGCCAUGAGUAUAAUAUUUUGUGUUCAUGUAUUUUAAAGGUGUACUGGGGGUUGGGGGGUGAACGUGAUUGGAGGGAAAAGUCCUCAUUUUAUAUUUUUACCCAUAGAAAUAUGACUUAUUACUCAGUUUUCCCUACUGACAAUUUGCUAAAUGCUCACUUAAAUGAAACUCUAUUACUAAUUAUGUUUUUGCUGCUACAAGACUGCCAUUCCGUAAGAGAUUUCCCAGCAUGCCCUGUGGUAAUUAUUGACAUUCAGGUGAAACUCAGCUGUUUAUAGUAGUAUUAAUAGCAGACGUAGAAGUAACUCAUUCAAAAGGGCACAACAUUUGAGAUUGAGUGUGUGUAGGUGUAGGCUAAUUUAAAUGAUUUAUUUUUUUGUUACUGUUUGAAAAGACCAAAUUUCUCUUUUAUUAACUCGUAAUCCUUUGCAUAGCAUAUUUCUUUGCAAUACUCGCAAAAGUGCUUGAAACAUUUAAGUUUACAAGUUUGAUUGAAGGUGGGAUCUGUUUAGAUAUGAUUCUUAAUGUUGAAUUCAGUAAUGAACACAAUGUUAAGAUCCUCCUGCUUUAAACACACAGGAAUUGGCGUAUUUGUAAAUUAUAUGAUGUACUGCUUUACCUUCUGUGUUUUUAAUGACAAAAUUUUUUCAGUUUUAUUUUUCAUAAUCUCUAAAUCCAGUGGACUAAAUCUUCUUUUAGGUCACCUAAAGAUGUGGUUUUGUUUUCCAGUUUUUAUAGAGCAGAAAAAAGUUAUAAAAUGUGGUUUCUCACUAUAAAUACAUUUGAGUGUUUGUAUAUAUUUUGGUGCAGGGUUUAAACCUUCAAGUCAUGAAUGAUGCAAAUUGUGUAUUUACAGCAGUGACCAAUAAACACAAUCAUCAAAAA